UAGGUUUACUUAAAUCGAGAGAGCUGUUCUCUCAUUCACACACUGCCCAAAUCCAGGAACACUUCUUCGAGACAAACACACAACACCAACAUGCAUAGUAAAGAUCAAAUCUGCCAUGAGGACUACCAGAGAACGGCAGACUGGCUGCUGUCCCAGACACAACACAGACCUAAAGUAGCCAUCAUCUGCGGCUCUGGACUGGGCAUGCUGGCAGACGCACUCAAGUGCCAAGACUCUUUCAAAUACUCUGACAUCCCUGGCUUUCCUCAGAGCACAGUGAAGGGUCAUGCUGGAAGGCUGGUUUUUGGGGAGCUCAAAGGGAAGACCUGUGUGUGCAUGCAGGGUCGAUUCCAUAUGUAUGAGGGACACUCGCUAAGCAAGGUCACUUUUCCAGUAAGAGUUUUCAAGCUUCUGGGUGUCGAUACCUUGAUUGUCACUAAUGCUGCGGGGUCAUUAGCGGACAGUUAUAGCUGUGGUGAUAUUAUGAUCAUACGAGAUCACAUUAACUUCCCUGGACUUGCUGGACUGAACCCUCUCAAUGGCCCUAAUGAUGAUAAGUUUGGCACUCGAUUUCCGCCCAUGUCUGGGGUCUAUGACAAAAGCCUACGGAAGAUGGCAUUCGACAUUUGUAAGAGCAUGGGCGUCUCCCAGUAUGUCCAAGAGGGCGUGUAUUGCAUGGUGGGAGGACCCAACUUUGAGACCAUAGCUGAAGCCCGACUUCUGCACAGACUGGGAGUGGAUGCAGUUGGAAUGAGUACUGCACCAGAAGUGUUGGUCGCCAGUCAUUGUGGCAUGAGAGUCUUUGGUCUCUCCCUCAUCACCAACAAAGUGGUGAAAAGCUAUGAGGACAAUGAGACUGUCAAUCAUGAAGCUGUGCUGGAAGUGAGCAAAAUGCGUUCAGAGACGCUGCAGGUGCUGGUCACAGAGCUCAUCAGCUGCAUGGACAUCAACAACAACACGGCAUAAUGUCAUCAACACUGUAACUGCCCAUCAAAACCUCAUCCGGAAGAAUCUGCAGCUAUGCUGUCAUCACUCUUUUCGUUGAGUAAAACUACAGAACAUCUGUUUUAAUAACACAUUUUUUUUUAUAUUUAAAUGUUAAGAUUUUAUUAUUUGCAGUGAUCAUAAAAAUCAUAUAGUUUGAUGGUUCCAUAACAACAAACUUAAAAAACUGUGAGAUAUUCAAUAUGUUAUUCAUGAAAUGUAAAAAAAAAAAAGAAAAGAAUUGUGCAGUGAAAGUUGUGUAUGCAUCUGUAUAU